AUUAGAACUGUUAAGAAGUGUAUUUUAUGUUAUCUGCGCUUUAUUUACCUAAUAAAUGGUAUGAAUUAUUUCACUAAAUUAUUGUUAUGUACACCCAAACAAUUUAAGCAAAAAAGAUAUGAAAGAUUUUUUCAUAAUUUGAAAGUGUAUCAUAAUGAGAAACGUGGUCUUUUCUAUAUAAAAUUGGAUGACAAUUCAAGGGCAGUAUUGCAAUAUAAAUCAGAUGGAAAAAUAUUGGAUAUGCAAGCAAUUAAUGUACCAUAUAAAUAUACAGGACAAGGUAUAGCACGGUUGCUUGCAGAGACAGCUUUUACAUAUGCUAUUGUAAAUUAUUAUUAUUUAUACUUGACUUGUGAUUACUUGCAAAAAUAUUAUCUUGCAAUCAAAAAUUCUGACCUCGAAGAACUCAUUAUUGGACCAAAACAUAUCUUAGAAGGACCUGAUUCAGAAUCUUUAGAUCCAAAUAUCAUUUAUGAACUUCCAGAUCCAGAAGAUUUUGUGAUAUAAUCUUCUUAAUAAACAUUUUUAUUACAAUAA